AUAUGUUGUACUGUUCCACUCCCUGUUGGGCCUGGGAUUCUGCAGGUUUCAUUCAUACGUCUAGCCUGCUGAAAAUGACACCGGUGGGAGGCUGGAAAACAUCCAGUGAAUUAUACACAGUCUACUCUUAGGGCCUUAUGAGAGGUGAUUUUAGGCUAGGCCUACCAUUUAGGAUCUAUUUGAUCUCCGAGGAAAAUGUAUUUGUAUUCCUUUGCUUUGCCCUCAAAGACCAUUCCUAUCAUCAGUAGCACAGAGCCAGCCUCCAACCAGACUACGCUGUUCCUGCUCGCUCUGUGGGGGUUUCCUAAGGUUGGGAAGCUAGAGUGCGUACAAGGACGGCAAAUAAAGCGAAUCAAAACAAAGCGCGCCGUCUUCCACCGGGGGAUUCGUCUGUCUUCCGUGCAGGAGCAUCUCUGACUCGCGCGAAAGAGGACAAAACAGGUAGAAACUUCGAAGCAGGAUGUCAGCCAGAGGAGGAAAGAAGAAGGCCACCAAGCUGUCCCGUUCAGCCAGGGCAGGAGUCAUCUUCCCUGUGGGAAGGAUGAUGCGGUAUUUGCGCACCAGCACGCACAAAUACCGCAUCGGCAUGGGGGCGCCCGUCUACAUGGCAGCAGUCAUCGAGUACCUGGCAGCUGAGAUCUUGGAAUUGGCAGGAAACGCAGCGCGGGACAACAAGAAAGGCAGAAUAACGCCCAGGCACAUCAAGCUGGCUGUGGCCAAUGACGAGGAGCUCAACCAGCUUCUGCGGGGGGUGACCAUUUCAAAUGGAGGCGUCCUGCCUCGGAUACACCCAGAGCUGCUCUCCAAGAAGAGGGGGGUCAGGGUGAAAGUCGACAGCCAGGCGUCCAUUCCCGAGAAGAAGGUAGAACGCUCGAAGAGCAAGAAACCCAUCAAGUCCUUCAAAAAGGUUAAAGGCAAACGAGGACGCAAGCCAAAGAGCACAGACAACGAGUCUGUACCGAACUCCACAGUGGAAGACGGUCCUGGAGAUGGAUUCACCAUCCUGUCAGCAAAGAGCCUGUUCCUUGGACAAAAGCUUUCACUAACGGAGAGUGAAAUCAGCAAAAUUGGAACAAUUAAAGUGGAGGGUAUAAUUAACCCGACAAAUUCGGAGAUGGACCUCAAAGACGGAGUGGGUGAGGAGGACAUGUUCAUGUGUACUCUAUUUCUUCUCCACAAGUCUCCACGCUUCCCUCUACCCAGCCUCUUGUGUUCACCUGCUGCUGUGACAUUUUCAGGCAAUGCCCUGGAGAAGGCCGGAGGCCGGGAGUUCCUGGAGGCGGUCAAGGAGCUGCGGAAAGCACAGGGGCCUUUGGAGGUGGCAUCAGUGGCAGUGAGCCAGGCCAGUGGGAUGGCAGCACGCUUCAUCAUCCACUGUAACGUCCCUCAGUGGGGUUCAGAGAAGUGUGAGGACCAGCUGGAGAAGACGGUGAAGAACUGCCUCUCGGCGGCAGAGGACAAGAAGCUCAAGUCCGUGGCUUUCCCUGCACUUCCUGCUGGACGGAACGGAUUCCCCAAACAAACGGCCGCCCAGCUCAUCCUCAAGGCCAUCUCCAACCAUUUUGUGUCGUCCAGCAGCUCCUCCCUGAAAAACAUUUACUUUGUUCUGUUCGACAGUGAGAGCAUCGGAGUAUACCUUCAGGAAAUGGCCAAGCUGGACGCCAAGUGAGGAUCCUGCUUAAAGGGGUUGUUUUUUAACUGUUGUUUGUUGCAGAUGGUGUAGAUAGUUGAUGAGACAGAGAGUGUGAGUGUGAGUGUGUGUGUGUGUGGGGGGGGGGGGGGGGGUUGGGGUAGAAUCUGUGUUGGUUAAAGAGGGAAAAAAAAAAAUCUGUGUGAGUGGAGUGCUGUUACAUUUAUGUCCCACUGUCCCCUCAUGAGAUUGUGUUCUUUAUAGAUUAGGUCCUUUGAAUCCGUACAGUUUGACAUUAUGGUCCCUCGUUUCAAUGAUGUUUUUACAUUCCAUGUACAAAUAGAACCGUUUUGCUGGCCUCUGUAGUUUCUGAUACACUUAGUUUACUAAAAAAACUGUGGUUCUCAUUCUGCUUUGAAAUAAAACCUCAGAUGUUUUACACCAGA